UAUUGGGGUGUGACAACCUUGUCAAUUGCCUCCAAACCUUGUUCCCCCAUUGCUCUUUUCCUGCUUCUUAGACUUCUCUUCUUUUCCACAGUCUCUGGUCAUGGCAGUUUAAAGCCAAUGCCCAGCUCAAGACCUGUUCCCAAUCCAAUGCCCAGCCCUAGACCUAUCCGUCCACCACCGGCAACCGAAAAUGGAACAGGCACGUGUCCCAGGGACGCACUAAAACUGGGAGCAUGCGCAAAUGUGUUGAACGGUUUAGUGAACGCGACAAUCGGUCAGCCACCGGUGACUCCAUGCUGCUCUCUCAUUGAAGGACUUGUCGACCUUGAGGCCGCCGUGUGCCUUUGCACCGCCAUACGAGCUAGCGUUCCGGGCAUCAACCUCAACGUUCCAAUCGCUCUCAGCUUGCUUCUCGACGUUUGCUCUAGGCAAGUCCCUCCUGGCUUCCAAUGUGCUUAUGAAUAA